AACCUUCCCGGGAAUUCAAACUUUUUCUCUGUACACCCAAAACUCACGUGGCAACCCCCGGUUGUGGGAGAUGACAAUCUCGCAAGACAUCUCUAUAUAAAGAGUUGCUUCUUUGCCAAAAGGCCAAGAGAUCUCUACGGAAUAAUAUUUAUAUAUAUAUAUAUAUAUACGAUGCCGGCGACCAGAAGCUCCGAGGAGAAGCAUGUGGCGUUCAUGGCAUUCCCAUUCGCCAGCCACGCCCUUGUCGGUCUAAGUCUGCUGCGUAAACUAGCAAUCGCCGCCCCAAACGUACACUUUUCAUUCUUAAACACAGCGAAGUCCACCCACUCACUCCUGUCAAAAUCAACCGCCGACGACGUUCCACACAACAUAAAGUUCUACCUAGUGGCGGACGGAGUGCCGGAGAAUCACGUGUUUACGGGAAAGCCAUUAGAGCCUGAAAACCUCUUCCUCAAGGCCACGCCGGAGAAUCUUAAAAAGGGUGUAGAAAUGGCAGUGGCGGAGACCGGCAAGAGAAUCACCUGCUUGCUCUCCGACGCUUUCCUGAGUAAUUCUGCCGCGAAGAUUGCCGACGAUUUGAGUGUUCCGUGGAUCCCUGCUUGGUACACUUUUCCAUGCUGUCUCUCCGCUCAUAUUUAUACCGACCUCGUUCGCCAGCGUUGUGGUCGCAGUGGAACGGUGGAUUUUAUUCCUGGGUUGCCCGCCAUGAGCGUCGCUGACUUGCCCAGGGAGGUGCCGGUGCCGGAGAGCGAAGAAGAAUCGCCUUUCUCACGCACGCUAAGUCAAAUUGGACCGGUGCUGCCGCGAGCUACGGCGGUCGUUAUGGGUUUCUUUGAAGAACUAAACUCUCCCCUUCUCAAUCAUGACCUUAAAUCAAAGCUUAAGAAUGUUCUUCAUGUCGGGUUUCUCUCCCUAUCGCUGCCGGCCCCGCCUUUACAACCGUCCAGCUCGGAUCUAACCGGUUGCCUAUCGUGGUUGGACAGUAAAAAAUCUGGGUCGGUCGCAUAUGUUGGUUUUGGAACUUUGGCUUCACUGCCGCCUAAGGAGCUAAUAGCGGUGGCGGAGGCGCUGCAAACGAGUGGAGUUCCGUUUCUUUGGUCUCUCAACGAAAAGUCAAAGGAACUAUUGCCAAAAGGGUUUCUUGAGAAGACGAAGAUGCAUGGAAAAGUAGUGCCAUGGACGCCGCAGACACAAGUAUUGGCGCAUGCUUCUGUAGGGGUGUUUGUGACACACUGUGGAUCAAACUCCAUUUGCGAGAGCAUUGCAAACGGGAUUCCGCUCAUCUGCAGGCCGUUCUUCGGCGAUCAUUACAUGAUCGGACGGAUGAUAGAGGAGUGGGGGAUUGGCGUGAGAGUUGAGGGAGGUGUAAUCACGAAGAAUGGGUUGCUGAAGAGCUUGGAACUCGUUUUGAGAGAUGAACAAGGGAAAGUGAUGAGGGAGAGGGCCGAAGCCCUGAAAGAGGUUGUGUUAAAAGCCGUUGAAAGUGCCAAGCAAGAAUUCAAUUGUUUGGUAGAUCUUAUCUCUUCUGUGUCUUAAAGUUUCUGCACUUCUUGCAUGCUGUCCAUGGCAUCCAUGGUGGUUCUUGGCUUUCUACUUGAAUGCUGAAUAAAAUAUUAUAUCUUUUAACUUUUGUAUAAAUAUCUGUGCCCAAGAAAUGAAUGAGCUUUUAUUUAUUUA